AUGUUGGGAGAUGUGACUGGGACUGUGUCUAAACACAAUUCGAUUUUUUUCCAAGCUCUACUAAUUUUUUUUCUCUUUUUUUCAGGGAUCCAGUUUCGUCUCCCUACUGCCUGUAGUGUGGAUCGAACAGAAACCCCAACUCCAGCGGUAGUGACAUAUACGCCUGACUACAAGAAGACCCCUCCACCUGUUCCUCCUCGUUCCACCACUAAGCCAGUGAUUUCUGUAACAGCCCAGAGCAGCACAGAGUCGACGCAGGAUGCUUACCACGAGGGUCGGCCCUCACGGGGAGGGCUUUGGGCAACAGAUAGCCUCGGCCGGGUCAUCUACACCUCCACCGACAGCCUGGAUAGCGCAAAAGCGGUGACCCUAGCAAUGGAAACCGCACCCAAGCGUCUCACUUCUGCGGGGAGCUACAGCUCCGUUCAGACCUGCGAUAAGGCCAUCCUGGUGUCCAAAGCGGAGGAAUACCUCAAGACUCCGCGCUCUUCCAUCGGGAUACAGGUGGAAGCGGCCACAGAUUCUGAGACAGAUAGUAAAGGUCUCCCACAGUAUCACUCCGUGGGUAUCCAGGUGGAGGACGAGAAGAGAAUUGGCCGCUUUAAACGGUCCAACAGUGUGACGACGGCAGUUCAGGCCGAUUUGGAGCUGGAGGGGUUUCCUUCGACCGAAGACAAGAGUCUGCAGUUUGGAGGAUUUCAACGGCAUUCUGAACCCAGUACACCCACACAGUACAAUGUGGUCCGGACCGUACGAACACAGGGCCUUUUUAGCUACCGUGAGGAUUACCGACCAUCCAGCGGGCCGCCCAGUCCGCAGCCCGAGCCCUGGCUGGUGGAGCCCGCUCAUGAAGCAGCCGAGUCCGGCCGUGUGUCGCCACUCCACCGCGACGGCAGCUGGUUCAUGCAGCUUCUGCACAGCGAGACCAAGAGGUUGGAGGGAUGGUGCAAAGACAUGGAGCGUGAGGCGGAGGAGCACGACCUGUCGGAGGAGAUUCUUGGGAAGAUCCGGAGUGCUGUGGGCAGUGCUCACCUCCUCAUGUCCCAGAAAUUCCAGCAGUUUUACUGGUUGUGUCAGCAAAAUCUGGACCCCAGCGCUAUGCCCCGCCCCACGGCUCAGGACCUGGCUGGGUUCUGGGACCUCCUGCAGCUCUCCAUUGAUGAUGUCACUGCCAAGUUUGAUGAGCUGCAGCAAAUCAAGAGAAAUGAGUGGAGGAUAGUGGAGAGUCCAGAGAAGAAGAUGAACUCUACUUCUUUAUCUCAGGAAAGAAAAUGGCCACCUCCUGUUACAAAGAGGCCUCCUAAGGGUCGUGGAGCUGUCAUGCGUGAUCGAUCCCUGGAUCUGCAGGACCGACAGAGGCAAGAGGCCCGCCGCAGACUCCUGGCUGCAAAACGGGCUGCUUCAUUCCGUCAGAGCUCAGCUACAGAGCGGGCCGACAGCAUAGAGAUCUACAUCCCUGAAGCCCAAACCCGUUUAUGAAACACGUACAUACUAUGCCUCACCAGUGCGCUUCACCAACAGGGUACACCCAUUCUGCUCCAUGUCACCCCUGCACUCGUUCACAUUCUCACAUCUGUUACAAGUAUUCUUCCUCUGCUCAUCAUCUACUCUGAGCUGAGAAUAGUGGUGAGUUUAUAUAUGCCUCAAACAGAGCUCAAUGCAAAGAGGUCUUGGCAGUCUAUGCACUCCGAGACCUGCAGCUACUGCAACCCAGUUUGUAUAUCGGUUUUAGUACAUUCAGAGGCCAAAACUAAGGCUUUGUUCACACUGCACACAAAUCUGAUUUGGUUUUCACAUUCCAGUUUUAGCACACAGUUUCGGAGACAGUUGCAAUAGUAGUGAUAUGAGCAUCAGCAUGAUGCAAAGAGGACAGUUGUCAUGACAUCUUGCCACGGUGCUGAACUCAUGAGAUGCGUGAGAGCAAUUAGCUCAUAUUAGCAAUUCUUAUUAACAUUCAUGCAUAUGCUGUGUCCAAAAUCACUUACUCACUAUUAAUGACAUGGAGCCAUAGGGAUAUGCUGAUGGAAAUUAUAUUUCAAUGCUUUUAUGUUCUCUCGCCAAAACUUCUCUUGCA